GCGCCGGAAGGUGUCGGUGGUCGGGCGCCGCCGCCCGCGGGCCUCACUGCGCAGUCGCCGCCAGGCUGCUGGAGCUGGGGCGCGGCGUAGUGCGGGCAGCAGCCGGCGCGCAGGGCGGCGGCCGUGAGGGGCGGUGACGGGGUGUGGAGUGAGGGCUGCACCGGGAAGAUGGACGACUUCCAGUCGGGGGAGGAGCCUUCCUUUGUUGUUGAUGAAGUUAGUGGCAUCAUUAAAGAGGCCAUAGAAAGUGCAAUAGCUGGCAACGCUUACCAGCACAGCAAAGUCAACCAGUGGACAACAAGUGUGGUGGAACAAACUUUAAGCCAGCUCACAAAGUUGGGGAAACCUUUCAAGUAUAUUGUGACUUGUGUGAUUAUGCAGAAGAAUGGUGCUGGGCUACAUACAGCAAGCUCUUGCUUCUGGGACAACUCCAGUGAUGGAACCUGCACUGUGAGAUGGGAGAAUAAGACCAUGUACUGUAUUGUCAGUGCCUUUGGACUUGCAAUAUAAUUGCCUUGAAAUCAUUCACCCUUCUCUUUUCUACUCCAGCAGUUGAUUCCAUCUCUACACAGACUGUGAAUACAACUGAACACCUUCUGGUUUUAAUGUACUUUUAAACUUUUAAGAGGUAGAAAUGUGAAAACAUGCUGUUACGUAGUUCAUGUUUGUACUUAGUAUUGUAUCAGUGUUGCCAUACUGUCUUAACACUUCCAGGACUUCUCUUCAAGGUGCUAAUGCUGAAAUCUGCUGCAGUAUGAACACUUUCUAUAGAUUUCUUUUUUAAGACCAAUAUAAACGAGACACUGACUUUCAUACUUUGUACUUUUGGUUAGCAUUAAAUUAUUGAAAUUCAUAA